GGGAGGGUGUCCUCAGAGGUGUUGGAGAUGAGUUCAGCGUCUGUAGCCCGGGACAGACACAAGACUGGUGACCCUCCAGGCCUUCUAUGGUGCUGGACUCGGUGAGACGCGGGCGAGAAGGAAAAGAAGGCGCGAGGUGAACUGAGUUUGAUCCUGAGGCGCCUACAAGUGGGUCCCCGGCGGGCGGCGGGCGGGGCGGCUGGGCGGGAGGCCGGCGGGAGCUCACACGCUCGGCAGCCGGCCGGCCUCUCACCACGCCUCCCGCUUUGUGAGCGCGCCCAGGGGGGGAGCUGGCCGCAAGCCCACGGCGCGCCUCCCGCCUCUAUAUAAACACACGCAUCGCCUUGCCUUGGAUCAAAUCAGAUUGAGAGACGCUUUUCAAACCACCAGCCCUGAAGUCCUGCCUCCUGCUUUCCCCCUCUUUCAUCCCUUUUUGCUGUUCUUUCUUUCUUUCUUUUUUUCCCCCCUCCUCUCUUUUCUUUUCCCCAACAGCAACUCCAGAGCCAGAGCCGAGAGACUGCGUCCCGGGACAGACUGCCUUUUCUUAAUUGAUAGAUAGCCGGGCUCGGGUUUUCCACCUCCCCCCCCCAACCCCACCCCGCCUCACCCCUCCCGCCCUCCGCCGCCGCCGCCCCAGCGCCCGCCUGGGGCUCUGUCGCCGGCUGCGUCCCUUCCCGGCUGCGUCCCGCCGACUCCGCGCUCGCGCUCGGGCCAACGCGCCCGCCUCGCCCGCCUCCGGGUGCCGCGGCGGCUCCAGCCUCUGCACUCGUCUCAUCUGGGGAGCCUUUUCCCAAGCCCCCAAAGUUUCUGGGUUCGUUGGAAUUUUUGCAUUCCGAUUUUUUUCCUUUUUAUGCACCUAGAAAUUUUGAAGGUAUACAUUUGAUAAACUGACCGCACUUUCCGCUAGCUCUCGGUUCCCCUUCUUUUUGCUCCCCUCGCUUUGAGCAGGGUAGGGAGCUUCCGAGAGGCUUCUGGUGGAUAAAGUUUUCCAAAGUUUUUCUAGUGUGAUGGUCGAGGGGAGAGCAGGCUCACCAGCUUGACUCAGCUCCAUCUCACCUCCCCAGAGCAGCCCUAAGCCCGCGUAAAGGGACAAACAAACAAACAAACAAACAAAGUUACACCUCGAGUCGCCUCGUGUCUCCUCUCUUCUUCCAGGAAAUCUUUUUCCUCCCUCUCUUCGAUCACCUCGCAGCCUUCAGACCCCUUCUCUGGGCCCCAUCUCCUGGGUUUCGCCCGAGAGGUGCCAGGACCCCCGGCCGCAGCCUCCCCUCCCCCGUCACUCUAGUCCGGCCCUCCCCUCCCCCUUCGCGGCCCGCACAGCCAAUCCCCCGAGCGGCCGCCAACAUGCUCUUUGAGGGCUUGGAGCUGGUGUCGGCGCUGGCCACCCUCGCCGCGUGCCUGGUGUCCGUGACGCUGCUGCUGGCGGUGUCGCAGCAGCUGUGGCAGCUGCGUUGGGCGGCUACCCGCGACAAGAGCUGCAAGCUGCCCAUCCCCAAGGGCUCCAUGGGAUUCCCGCUCAUCGGAGAGACCGGCCACUGGUUGCUACAGGGUUCCGACUUCCAGUCGUCGCGCCGGGAGAAGUAUGGCAACGUUUUCAAAACACACUUGCUUGGUCGGCCGCUGAUCCGUGUGACCGGUGCGGAGAACGUGCGCAAGAUCCUCCUGGGUGAACACCAGCUAGUGAGCACCGAAUGGCCGCGGAGCGCACGUGUGCUACUGGGCCCCAACACGGUGGCCAAUUCCAUUGGCGACAUCCACCGCAACAAGCGCAAGGUCUUCUCCAAGAUCUUCAGCCAUGAGGCGCUAGAGAGCUACCUGCCCAAGAUCCAACUGGUAAUCCAGGACACACUUAGAGCGUGGAGUAGCCAGCCGGAGGCCAUCAAUGUAUAUCAGGAGGCCCAGCGACUUACCUUCCGAAUGGCCGUGCGUGUGCUGCUGGGCUUCAGCAUCCCUGAGGAGGACCUGGGCCAUCUCUUUGAGGUUUACCAGCAGUUUGUGGAUAAUGUCUUCUCUCUUCCUUUGGACCUUCCCUUCAGUGGCUACCGAAGGGGCAUCCAAGCUCGGCAGAUCCUUCAGAAGGGCCUCGAGAAGGCUAUCCGUGAGAAGCUGCAGUGUACCCAGGGCAAAGACUACUCGGAUGCCCUGGACAUCCUCAUUGAGAGCAGCAAGGAACACGGCAAGGAGAUGACCAUGCAGGAGCUGAAGGAUGGUACCCUGGAGCUGAUCUUCGCCGCCUAUGCCACCACAGCCAGUGCCAGCACAUCCUUGAUCAUGCAGCUGCUGAAGCACCCUGCUGUGCUGGAGAAACUGCGGGAGGAACUGCGGGCCCAGGGCCUGCUGCAUGGUGGUGGCUGCCCCUGUGAGGGUACCCUGCGCCUGGACACGCUCAGCGGCUUGCGCUACCUGGACUGCGUUAUCAAGGAGGUCAUGAGGCUCUUCACGCCCAUCUCUGGUGGCUACCGUACUGUGCUGCAGACCUUCGAACUGGAUGGUUUCCAGAUCCCGAAGGGCUGGAGUGUCAUGUAUAGCAUCCGAGACACUCACGACACAGCGCCUGUGUUCAAGGAUGUGAACGUGUUUGACCCUGACCGCUUCAGCCAGGCACGCAGCGAGGACAAGGAUGGUCGCUUCCAUUACCUCCCAUUUGGUGGUGGUGUGCGGACCUGCCUGGGCAAACACCUGGCCAAGCUGUUCCUGAAGGUGCUGGCGGUGGAGCUGGCCAGCACCAGCCGCUUCGAGCUGGCCACCCGGACCUUCCCCCGCAUCACUUUGGUCCCCGUCUUGCACCCUGUGGAUGGCCUCAGUGUCAAGUUCUUUGGUCUGGACUCCAAUCAGAAUAAGAUUCUGCCUGAGACAGAGGCCAUGCUGAGUGCUACGGUGUAGCCUCGCUCUGGUCUCAGCCCAGCCCAGCAGAGGGGUGGGGGACAGAGACAGAAACCUGUGGGGUGAGGAGGGGGGCUGGGUGGGAGGCCAGCAGUCCCCCUAUGUUGUCCUCCUCUGGCCUCUUCUCUGGCAAACCCUCCCCAAAUCCACAAGGGCCCCGCCCCCUCCUGCCUCCUGCUCUCUUGGAUCUCCACUGCCCCCUAGCUUAGCUCCUGAGACAGGGCCGGGACAGGGCUCUGUGUGCCCACGACAGUGUUAGCGCCAGUUGGCUGAGCCAUAGAGCAGAAUAUGCUAUAUAGCCUCUGAACGCUCCCUCCUCUUACUCCCUGUCUUUUUGUUGGUGGUCUGGUGGUUGUGAAGGCAGAAGGGAAGACAAGAGGGGGACCCCUUGGAGCACUCUUUGGCACCCUUCACUCUGCCUCCUUUCACUGCUCAAAUGUGUCCAGAACAGCAUCUUGGGGAUUCUCACCUAAGCUAACCUGGGCAGGGCAAGAGCUGCCUCCAGCCUUGAGGGUACCCUGCACCAGCCUGACCAGUCUGGACAUUGGAAAUUACCUAUUGCUGCUAUUUGUUCUCUCUUCUGACCUUGGGGUACAGGAGCCUAUAGGCUUAAUCCCCAGCAUCUUUCUUGGUGGCCCUGGGCAGGCACACUGGCACUCCUCCCCUAUGGGACCCACUGAGCCAGGUGGUUUUGGCUACAGCUGCCCACCCCUGCUCCCUAGCCCAUAUUUAUUCACUGACCUUGGCUACACUGAGGUCUGGAGCACACACCCCACUCAUCACCAGCUCUGUCCUGGCUCUCCUUUUCAGGGUUUAUGUGAGGCAAGCAGACAGGUAUCUGGUCUAACCCAGCUCCCUGGUGAGGGUUAAUGUCAGAGUCAGACACCCAAUGUCUCUGCCUGGUGGUUUUUAUCACCUCCUCGCAUCUGUUAAAGCCCUGGGCUUGCGCAUCUGGGGCCACCACUUCCUGUUCGCUCACUGCCUGCCCCAGUGCCAGCCACUUCCCAAGUGAGGAUGUGUAAGGAUACGGGUUCUCCUGAAGGGACUUCUUAGCCGGGCGAUGGUGGCGCACGCCUUUAAUCCCAGCACUCGGGAGGCAGAGGUAGGCGGAUCUCUGUGAGUUCGAGACCAGCCUGGUCUACAGAGCUAGUUCCAGGACAGGCUCCAAAGCCACAGAGAAACCCUGUCUCGAAAAACCAAAAAAAAAAAAAAAAAAAAUCCUGAAGGGACUUCUUGCCUUCCCUUCCUUAGCCCUCACUCUCUGUCCCUUUGCUCUUGGGAGAGUUCCCCGCCCCACCCCCAUCCCAAACCCACCCCACCCCCAUGCCACUGUCUGCCAAGCCCAGCUCAGGGUGUGGGCAGAGAUGAAAGCAAAGAGGUAAGGUAGAGAGAGCCCUCCCUCUGCAAAGGCUCAGGCCCCAGGGGGUCUGGAGACACUGCGAGGAGGUUGCCAUAGAAAGCCUUAGAGAAGGAGACCAGAAGGAGGAAGAGGACAGGCAUAGGUGUGAUUUAUCAGACGUGGUUCAGUAGCAGAGCAGCCAGUGGGGGCAACUGGGUGGAGGAGGAGGGGCUCCUGCCUCUCUUUUUUGAGGGCUGGCCACUCAGGACCCCUUUUGGAAGGGUGUGGGGCUCUGGUGAGUCUCUAGGCAAUUUUGUCUGUUUUCAGAUUUCUAUUUGCUUUUGUUUUCCAUCCAUUGUUUUGUAUGUUACAAAGGCAGUGGGUCCUCUUCGCAAGAAAAUAAAAACACAGAAUGGCAUCCCACAUCAACCUGACCCUAGAUGGCCACUGUCAUGUCUCACCAGCUAAGCGGGACUCCUCUGUAAGCUGUGCUUCCCAGAUGUUUCAGCGGUCUCCUGCAUUUUCCUGACAGAACCAACACAAGCAAGAACAUUAGCACAGAUGUUAGCAGCAAAAUUAACGUGGACUUAAAAAUAAGUAUAAUCCCUCGAUUUCCUUUCCCAGAUCUGAAACAGACCAAAAUGUGUAAAGACUCAUCAAAGUGUAUGACAUAGGUGCAUGCUGCCCCCCAAACCAGCUCAGUGCCUGGAAGGUUCGUUUUCCUGCGCGCUAGCCCCGCUUGCCUGCAGCCAUCCAGUUUGGACUGAAGAUGCAUGCAGUAACCCUGGCCCUGGCGAGGGGCAGGGGCACUGGAGGGCCCCAGCAGGCUUCAGGGGUCUUCCCUUUUGGGGGGCCAGCCCAGGAGGUGUGGAGAAGGAAAAGCUGAGGGGGAUCCCUGUGAGGGUGGGAGGAAGAAAAGACUAUCUGCCUGGAUGGGUCUCAGAGGUGACAGGCAAAGGGGCCUAGCCCAGGUGCCCUCUGUAGAUGUGUCUGUCCCGUGCUCGUGUGUUUCAUUGUGGUAGCAUUAAUGGGUGAUGUUCUCUCACAUUCCUAACUAUUGUAACUUGACAUUAAAAAAUUAAACCCCACAGAACUUCCUGCCACGGGCUUGCAGAUUGAAGCACUUUCAAAGUUAGGCGCUGGCGUGUGCGUUCUGGGCAACCAUUUUGACCCUGCCCAGAUUUCUAUUAUUUUAUACACAUUUUUUUUCAUAAAUGUUAUAAUUUUGUGUCUGUCUUUAUAAACUAUUAUAAGUACUAUUUUUGUUAUAAUUCAAAAUAGAUAUUUAGUAUAAAGUUUUUGCUGUUAAAUAUUUGUUAUUUAGUAAAAUAUGAAUUGUUCUUUAUUGUAAACAUGGUUCAAAAUAUUAAUAUGUUUUUAUCACAGUUGUUUUAAUAUUGAUAAAGCACUUGUGUGUUUCCUUUUGGUAUGAGCUGGUGCCGCGUGUGUGUUUUGCCUGUCGUGUGGUUUUGAUGUGUAUAUAAUAUUCCAUGUUGCAUAUCACAACAAUGAAUGUCAUGCAUUUUGUGAAAUACUCAAUGUGGCUCUUUUAUUGGCUUCCAUAAUAAACUGUGGGGAC